UGACCAACUCCCUCCAACUGCAGUCCACCGUAACCGUACUUCAUCACUCACCGUUUGACUUUUGUGGCCCGGUCGGUUUUUUUCCGCAGCCAAUACCUAAAGUAAGCCCGGGUGCGCACUGCGCAUGGCCUCCGUACGCUCCCCGACCCGUCUUUCCCUCUCACUCGGCACGACUCUCUCCUCAUCGCGUACAUCUCGCGCGCCGGCGAUAAUCUUAUUGCGAUCGGCGCCAAGAUCUCUAUCCCUCUCGAUUAAACCCGUUCGCUUGAAUUUCAAGAACCCAAUUUCCGCAUCAUCGGCAUCAUCGGCGGCAGCAGAGAUGGCUGGUCAGUGUCAGAAGAAGGUGGAGAAGUUUCAGACGGCGGAGGAAGUGGCGGUGCGUCUGGCGAAGUACACCGCCGACCUGUCGGCCAAGUUUGUGAAGGAGAGGGGAGCUUUCACCGUCGCUUUGUCCGGCGGCUCUCUCAUUUACGCGCUCAGGAAAUUAACGGAAGCGCCGUAUAAGGAUACAGUGGAUUGGGAAAGAUGGCAUGUGUUCUGGGUGGAUGAGAGAGUGGUGAAAAAGGAUCACCCCGACAGUAACUAUAAACUUGCUUUUGAUGUUUUACUCUCUAAGGUACUGAUUCCCCCUGGCCAGGUUUACGCCAUUAAUGAUGCACUUUCAGCUGAGGGAGCAGCAGAAGAUUACGAAACCUGUCUUAAACAUUUGGUUCAGCGCAAUGUGAUUGCCACUUCAAAAGCUAGUGGAUUUCCAAAGUUUGAUCUCAUUCUUCUGGGUAUGGGUCCGGAUGGACAUCUUGCUUCACUAUUCCCUGGUCAUCCGCGUUGCAACGAGAAGACAAAAUGGGUGACUCACAUCGAGGACUCACCAAAACCACCUCCAGAGAGGAUUACAUUUACCUUCCCAGUGAUCAACUCUGCUGCAUAUAACGCAAUGGUGGUGGCAGGCGAUAAUAAAGCUGAUGCCGUGCAGAGAGCACUGGGAAACAGUCAGCAUCCUGAUACUUUGCCUGUUCAGUUGCUUGCGGCUGAAGACGAGCUAACUUGGUUCUUAGACCAGGGUGCGGCUUCCAAGCUGUAGGAGCAGAAUGUCGUUGGCUUUGCAAUUCGUUGCACUUGCAUCUGAUGUAUUUGCUAUUUACAUGUCGAUGUCGAUGUUAACGUGUUUUGUGUUCAAUAAUUUAGACAGAAAUCACUCUGAUUCGCUGCUUAGCAAGAACUGGUGACCUUUUCGGUCCUCUUUGAUGCAUUUUUCAGUAACGGAUACAAUUUUCUUGUAAACCUUUUGUCAUGCAA